AUGGACUCGCAAGAACAACCUGUCUGCACGGAGGCAAAGAACGAUGAAAAGACACAUCAGCUGUCCACCCCUUCCUCAACGGACAAUGUCGAGACUGCUGGACCCCAGCAACGUGGCACUGAGGUGGUCUACCCCAAGCGCCCGACUCAGAUUCUCAUUCUCACAUCGCUGUGCCUGUCCGUCUUUCUCGUUGCUCUUGACCAGACCAUCAUAGCUCCUGCCCUGGGCGCUAUCACGGCUGAAUUCGAAUCAGUCAAAGAUAUAGGCUGGUAUGGCAGUUCUUAUCUUCUCACAACCACGGCAUUACAGCCGCUGUACGGCAAGCUGUACAACAGUUUCAGCGUCAAGAUCAUCUACCUCUUGGCCGUGUUUGUUUUCGAGGUCGGCAGCCUCGUAUGCGCCGUGGCGCCUAGCUCGACAGCUUUCAUCGUUGGCCGAGCAGUUGCCGGCAUGGGAACGGCUGGGCUGUUCUCGGGCUCGAUCGUUAUCCUCGCAUACACCCUCCCGCUUCGGCAGAGGCCUUUGGCAUUUGGCUUGAUCGGGGACCUCCCCAUUGGCGGUGCAACUAUGGUUGCCAUUUUCUUUUUCUUGCACGUCAAGGGCCAGAAGAAACGGGACCUCACCUUUCUUGGCAAGAUGAAGCAACUGGACCUCAUUGGGACGGCCAUCCUCAUCCCGGCAGUAAUCUGUCUCCUGCUUGCCCUCCAAUGGGGCGGCACCGAGUAUCCAUGGAACAACUCGCGCAUCAUCGGCCUGUUUGUAGGCUUCGGAGCCAUGAUACUCAUCUUUAUCGGCGUCCAGAUCUGGAAGGGUGACGAAGGCACCCUCCCGCCGCGCCUCUUCAAGAAUCGCAAUGUGUUGUGCGCCAUGGCAUUCUCCUGCUUCUUCGGCUCUGCCUUCUUCCCCCUGAUAUACUACCUUUCGCUGUACUUCCAGGCAAUACAGGGCGACACCGCCGUCGAGGCAGGGGUCAAGAUUCUGCCGCUUCUCAUUUCGACUGUAGUGACCAGCGUCCUCUCCGGAGGACUCAUCAGCGCGGUGGGCAUGUACAACCCCUUUGCCUUGCCAAGCAUGGUUCUGUUUACGGUGGGCGCAGGUAUGAUCACCACCUUCACACUCGACUCCCCGCUCAGGGUAUGGUUCGGCUACCAGGUGCUGGCGGGACUAGGCAUCGGCGUGGGAUUCCAGCUUGGGAUCCUGGUCGUACAGGCUGUUCUGCCGCAGGAGGACAUCGCGGUAGCGACCGCGUGCGUGCAGUUCUUCCAGUCCUUUGGAGGGGCCAUCUUUAUCGCUGUGGCACAGACGGUCUUCCAGAACGGCUUGGUCGAGGGGAUACAGCGCGAUGUUCCUGGCUUGAAUCCCCAGAUCUUCAUAAACUCGGGCGCGUCGCAGGUUAGAGAAGUAUUGAAGUCCCUGGGCAUGGAACAAUACACCACAGCCGUCCUGACUGCGUAUCUGACCGGCUUGAGGCACUCAUACUAUAUCACGGUGGCAUGUGCCGCCUGUGCAUUCUGUGCGGUGUCCGGGCUGAGUUGGAUCAACAUCAAGAAACUGGAAUCUCGGAAAGCAGCGCCUGCAAGCGAGACAGACGCUGUCGACACGGCCGGGGAGGGGAGCCAGGAGUAG